AUGUACAUCACCCAGAGACUAUUGUACCGGUCACUGGAUGGCAUCACCGCAAGCGCACCCAAGGACAACCUCGGCGUCGCCAUCUCUGACGAUGACGUCGCAGUCAACACCAGUGUUGCCAAGUCUAGCCAGACCGAUGAAGUAAUGGCAAGACCCUCGAGCGAGAUUUGCGACUGGGAGUUCGUGUCUCGCGGCUCGGGCAGUGUCGCGUCUGCGGCUCAUCUUGGCGAGCCCGUUCGGUGCUUAAGCAGUUCGGACGUAAAUGACAUCAAUGACGAAGAUCUCAUUGCGAUCUCGUCGUCUGACGCGAAGAAGCUAAGCUUCGGCCGGCUUCAAAGUGGUACGCGUAUCACAGUGCAGAACGCGCGAGUGCUCGUGCAGCACCCGGUGGUUGCUAAUGCGUCUUCCUCCUACAAGAACCACUUUCUCGUCACAAAUCCCAAUGCCAAGGUCCUCGACGCCGGCACGGCAAUCCAAUCCUACAAGCAAGGACGAGUCUGGUAGAACCAGACCAUGUACAGCAGACGCUCACAGACUCUGCAGGUGUCUGUCCUCCUGCACCACCACCACCUUUCCAGUGGGCGAGGCAUCGUCGGAUCUCGGGAGUGCCAUUCGAAAGCGGCAAUUGCGACCAAACGUCGUGCCUGUCACGGACACGGUAUGGUGUUU